AUGCUGGACGGCCUGAAGAUGGAGGAGAACUUCCAGAGCGGGAUAGAGACCCCAGCUUCCUUCUCCUCGCUGCUGGGCAGAGCGGUGAGCCCCAAGUCGGUCUGCGAGGGCUGUCAGCGGGUCAUCUCGGACAGGUUUCUCCUGCGCCUUAACGACAGCUUCUGGCACGAACAGUGCGUGCAGUGCGCCUCCUGCAAAGAGCCCCUGGAGACCACCUGCUUUUACCGGGACAAGAAACUCUACUGCAAGUAUGACUACGAAAAGCUGUUUGCUGUCAAGUGCGGGGGCUGCUUCGAGGCCAUUGCACCCAAUGAGUUUGUUAUGCGGGCCCAGAAGAGUGUGUACCACCUGAGCUGCUUCUGCUGCUGCGUCUGUGAGCGACAGCUACAGAAGGGAGACGAGUUUGUCUUGAAGGAGGGACAGCUGCUCUGCAAAGGGGACUAUGAGAAAGAGCGGGAGCUGCUCAGCCUGGUGAGCCCAGCAGCCUCAGACUCAGGCAAAAGUGAUGAUGAAGAAAGCCUUUGCAAAUCAGCCCACGGGACAGGAAAAGGAGCCACAGAGGAUGGCAAGGACCACAAGCGUCCCAAACGCCCCAGAACCAUCCUGACAACCCAGCAGAGGAGAGCAUUCAAGGCCUCCUUUGAAGUCUCCUCCAAGCCGUGCAGGAAGGUGAGAGAGACUCUGGCUGCAGAGACAGGACUGAGUGUCCGUGUGGUCCAGGUGUGGUUCCAGAACCAGAGAGCUAAGAUGAAGAAGUUGGCGCGGCGGCAGCAGCAACAGCAGCAGGAUCAGCAGAACACUCAGAGGCUGAGUUCUGCUCAGACAAAUGGCAGCGGGAAUGCUGGGAUGGAAGGGAUCAUGAACCCCUACACGGCCCUGCCCACUCCACAACAGCUGCUGGCCAUUGAGCAGAGUGUCUACAGCUCCGAUCCCUUCCGACAGGGUCUCACCCCGCCCCAGAUGCCUGGAGACCACAUGCACCCCUAUGGUGCUGAGCCCCUUUUCCACGACCUGGAUAGUGACGACACCUCCCUCAGUAACCUGGGUGACUGUUUCCUAGCAACCUCGGAAGCUGGGCCCCUGCAGUCCAGAGUGGGAAACCCCAUUGACCACCUGUACUCCAUGCAGAAUUCUUACUUCACCUCUUGAGUCGCCUCCCUCUGGAGUUCCAUGGCUAGGCUCCCGUAUGGAACAACCAUAUCAUGGCAGACAGGGAUCACUGGCUUGAGGACAGGGAGGCUAGGAAAGAGGUGGGCUGGGGAGGGAGUUUU